UCACAUCUUUCUAGCAGAGUGACAGAGAGAGAGGUAGAGGGAAAGAGAGAGAGUAAGAGGUGUACAGACAGACGGAGAGUGAAAGUAGGGCAGCGGAAGGAAGAACAGAGAGAGAGACUACUUCUUGCUAUUCCACGAUUGCUGAGAGAGAUUUGACCAUGAAGCUCUUCUGCCUCUUGUUCCUGCUGGGUGUGUCUACAGUUCAGGCAGCUCAUCAGGACACCUCCAGGGUCUACCCCACCGUAACCUCGCAACUCCAGCCCCAGACGCAGCCUCCAGCCGAGGCCAAGUCCCGCUUUGCCAUGCUGGACGAUGUCCGUCUCCUUGCCAACGGCUUGCUCCAACUGGGUCAGAGCCUCAGGGAGUUUGUCCACAAGACCAAGGCCCAGAUCAACGACAUCUUUCAAAAACUCAACAUCUUUGACCGCUCUUUCUACCAGCUCUCUGUGGUCACCUCUGAGAUAAAGGAGGAAGAGGAGGAGCUGAAGAAGACCACCACAUUCCUCAAGGCCAACAACGAGGAGAUCCGGAACCUGUCACUGGAGAUCAACUCCAAGAUCAACAGUAUCCUGCAAGAGAGGAGCCAGCUGCAGAGUAAAGUAGGAGGGCUGGAGGAGAAACUGAAGGGACUGUCGGAGAGCAUGAUACCCGCAGAGCAGCUCAACGAGAUCAAGUCACUCAAGGAUGUGAUUGAGACUCAGGAGAGGACCAUCACGGACCUGCUGAAAGCUGUGAGGGAGCAGCACGAUCAGCUCAACCACCAAAAGACUAAGAUCAAGACUCUGGAGGAAAAGAUCAGCAUUGACAAUUUCCAGGACACGACUGACAAAGCAGCUGAUUCCAACUCGGAGACGCCAGACAUGUUCGGAUACCUGACAGGCAACUCCACUGGUCCGGACACAGACCUACCCAUGGACUGCAGUGAUCUGUUCAACAGAGGCGAGAGAAACAGCGGGGUGUACUCUGUCAAGCCAAACCAGUCUGAGCCUUUCAACGUGUACUGUGAACUGACCUCAGAGGGAGGAUCAACAGUCAUCCAGAGCAGGGAGGACGGGUCUGUGGAUUUUGACCAGGCAUGGGAGAAGUACGAGAACGGAUUUGGGGAUCUGGAAGGAGAGUUCUGGCUGGGCCUGAGGAAGAUCCACAGCCUUGCUGGUCAGGGUGAAUCUAUCCUGCGUAUUGAGCUGGAGGACUGGAAGGAGGAGAGGAGGUCUGUAGAGUACCAGUUCACCCUGGAGGGACCCCAGGCCCACUACACCCUCCACCUCACCCACCUGUCUGGUGAUCUGCCCGACGCCAUGGGCAACCACAGUGGCAUGAGGUUCUCAACCAAGGACAGAGACAACGACAACCACCAGGACUCCAACUGCGCCAAAAACUACACAGGUGGCUGGUGGUUCAAUGCCUGUGGUGACACCAACCUGAACGGCAGGUACAUGUGGCUGAGGUCAAAGGGUCGUUCCAUGAGGAGGAAAGGAAUCCAGUGGAAACCUAUGGGGACCUCAUACUCUCUCAAGACCACCAAGAUCUCCAUACGACCCGCCUCACCCGCCCCCCCCCCCCCCCACCCCCAUACGACCCGCCUCACCCGCCCCCCUCACCUCAAGCCCCCCAUAACCACUUCAGAGCAGCUUUCAUCAGGACACUCCAAGGGUCUAUCCCACCGUACCCUCCGCAACUCCAGCCCAGACGCAGCCUCCGCCGAGGCCAUGAUCCGCUUUUCCAUGCGUGGACGAUGUCCGUCUCUUGCCAACGGCCUUGCUCCAACUGGGAGAAGGAGGAGGCUGAAGAGACCACUCACAUUUCCUCAGGCCAAAACAGAGGGAGAUCGGAACCUGUCACUGGAGAUCAAUCCAGAUCAACAGUAUCCUGCAGAGAGAGGAGCCAGCUGCAGAGAUGUGAUUGAGACUCAGGAGAGGACCAUCAACGGACCUGCUGAAAGCUGGGAGAUCAACAGUCAUCCAGAGCAGGGACGGACGGUCUGUGGAUUUGACAGCAUGGAGAAGUACGAGAACGGAUUGGGGAUCUGGAAGCUGGAGGACUGGAAGGAGGAGAGGAGGUCUGUAGAGUACCAGUUCACCCUGGAGGGACCCCAGGCCCACUACACCCUCCACCUCACCACCUGUCUGGUCAUCUGCCCGACGCCAUGGGCAACACAGCAGGUACAUGUGGCUGAGGUCAAAGGGUCGUUCCUGAGGAGGAAAGGAAUCCAGUGGAAACCUAUGGGGACCUCAUACUCUCUCAAGACCACCAAGAUCUCCAUACGACCCGCCUCACCCGCCCCCCUCACCUCAAGCCCCCCAUAA